CCGGUGGGUCUGGCGUACUGCUGCCUACGUCACCCUUCAGAGUGUCACUGUCCUCCCCUGUCGAAAGCCGCUUCCCCUCCUCUUGUCGCAGGCGCGUCGUUAGUAGGGACUUUCACCGGGAUCAGCAGGAGAGUCAGGAGUCAGGAGUGGCGGAGGUUGUGGGAAAAGAACAAAAUUGCUUUGUUCUUUGCAUCCAUCCCAUUCCUGACCUGCAACGCUGCCAACCUCCCUUGAGAUCAUGGGGGGUUGUAGCAGUCGCUUCCAGGAACGAGGAACGCACACAGCUGCUGUCAAGGGAAGAGACGGGGGGCUCAUCGGGGAAGCUUGGAAUAAGAACGAGGCUGCUGCUGCUGCUGCUACUGCUGCUGCUGCUGCUGCUGCGGCGGCGGCGGCGGCGGCGGCGGCGGCUGUACCAGCAGCAGCGGCAGCACCGGAAAUCUUGUCCGUUUCAAGCAGCACCACCAGCUCGCCCACAACACGCACGCAGUGUCCAUGUUGCCCAAGACCCACCGCCGCCACCCCCACCACCGCCACCGCUCCCAACCCCUUUGCCGUAGAGGUCGUAUCACCGCAACGACGAGCGUCAGGUCGUGCGUCAACGGUCUUGGUCCGAAGGAGAAGGCACCCCCCCACUGGUUAUCCAGAUGAGAUCCUCCGCUCCUGCAUCUUAGGCUUCCUGGGCGCCGGGUGCCUGCAAAGGGCGAGCGGUGCUUGCCGGGCCUGGAGGGAUGCUGCCGUCGACGAGCAACUUUGGAAGGAGCUCUGUCUGAGGCGCUGGGUCGGCAAGCACGUAGCUCUCCUGGAAGACUGCCACCACUUCUACCAGCAGCAGCGGGAGCAGUCAGAGAAUGGAGAUGAGGGAGAGGCAUUGGAAGAGCAGCAGCAGCGGCAGCAGCAGUUACAGCCCAUCGAGCUUGCCCGAAGCCUUAGCGGCGGCCUUGAGGAGCUCGUGGCCGCGAUGCCGAUCAAGGUCAUGAAGAGACGCCUCCACGAGCUGGGGGCAAACCCCGCCAGGCUUGCGGCCUGCCUGGAAAAGGACGAGUGCGUGUCGCUGAUGAUGGGGUCGAUGCUUCUGUCGAGGGACGGCCUCUUGCGGCAGAAGGGACAACUGCCGGCAUGGCUAUCGCGGGUGAGGGGCUGGCGGUGGAGCUUCCACUUCGCCGACAAGGACGCCAAGCGGCAGUGGAUGACCAUGGAGGACCUGGCAAGAACGCCCUGGAUGAUGAGCUUUCCGGGGCAUGUGUCGUCCGCGGUGCCGCCGCCGCCGCUUCUGGCCGUCCGCUGCGAGUUCCACCGGGACUUCACCUACACCGACGCGGGGUUCCACCAGGACGGGCUCGUGUGGCACUUCGAAGACAACCACCACUUCGUCAAGGUGUCGAACUACCCGGCUCUAGAGGUCGAACGAGACGAGAAAUCCUGGGGGUGGAGGCUAAUCAACGCGCAUGUCACCUUCCAGCAAGACCGGGCGCUGCCGCCGUCGAGUGUUGGCACCAAGCUGUAUUGAGUAGUUUUGCCGACAGUAUAGGAUAGAACUAUGUAUUUGGGGGCUGCGUGUACGGAGGUGCGGACAUUUGUCAUCCCUUUGAGUGCGGCGUGUAACGGUGAUCUUUGGUCGUCGUAAUGUUACCGGUGAAGGAAGGUCGUGGUGGUUGUGGUGAAUGCUGUCGGUGUUGUCCUCUCUUAUAAAAUGUUGUUUGCAUACAAAUAUGCGCACAAAGAACCAUGAAAGAACUCUGGUUCUAGCACCUAUUCGAGAUUAGACUAUCAUGUCCCGGUGGAUCGGUCGAAGUGGAUACGUUGCAGUCUUUUACAGCAGUUGUAAGGCCCUGCUGGACACGGGACUCAUUCGAGUCUGGUUACGUGAAUGCACAGAGAAACGAACCUCUUCUUGUUGAAGGUAUAGUCUAUGGGGGCCGUUCGUUGUCUUCUUUUUUGCCGUCCUUGUAGCAAGCGCAGGGGACGCAGCAGUCAUGGGUGGAUUUUUGGUGAUGUGUAUGAUUCUUGGCGAAUGAGAGUGGACGCUUAGAAUCAGCGGCUUAGUCAGCGGCAAAGGGAAAGC